AUGUCUUCCUCAGGCGAUGCCCCGGGUCUCGGUAGAACCGGUCCCGACACAGGGAGAGCUGGACCCAGCGAAACUGACACUGGCAGCAACCCAUCUCUUCCGCUGCCCGGGCUGUCUGGGACCGCGAACGGACCUGUCGGAAACCUCCUCAAGGGGCCGGUGGACGAAAAUGGUAACCUGAAGAGUGCAGCGCUUUUGGUUGGGAUCAAGCUUGAUCUUGAAGCCGAGGUUCACCUCACUGCGAGAGUUCGUGGCGAUAUCUUGGUCGGACUUUAUUGA